CAGGUAUAAAAGCCCGCCGCCGUGUCGGCUGAGGAGAAGGCGCUCAGGGUUUGGUCUCACUGUGUUCCGGUUGUUUCUCCUCCCGCUGUCCCGCGUCACCUCUCCUCAUCUGUCACUAUGUCUGAAUUCUCGGAGGAUCAGAUUCUUGAGUUUAAGGAGGCCUUCCUGCUCUUUGACCGGACAGGAGAUGGGAAGAUCAGCUACAGUCAGUGUGGAGACGUGAUGCGAGCUCUGGGUCAGAACCCUGUCAAUGCCGAAGUUCUCAAAGUGCUGGGAAACCCCAAAGCUGAAGAGAUGAACAUGAAGAUGCUGGAUUUUGAGCAGUUCCUGCCCAUGCUCCAGGCCAUCGCUAAGAACAAGGACCAGGGCUCGUUUGAGGACUUUGUGGAGGGUCUGAGGGUGUUUGAUAAAGAGGGAAAUGGGACGGUGAUGGGUGCAGAGCUCCGCCAUGUCCUCACCACUCUGGGUGAGAAGAUGACGGAAGAGGAAGUAGAGACGCUGUUGGCGGGACAUGAGGAUGCAAAUGGCUGCAUUAAUUAUGAAGCCUUUGUGCGCCACAUCAUGGCCGGCUGAGUGUUUGAACUGGUCAGGAUGGUGAUGAGCGGUUGAAGAUUUCAGACGCAGUUUAUUUUAUUUCCUGUAUGUCAUUUUUUCCUAUUAUGCACACCCCCCCCCCCCCGUCUCUCCGUCUGUCCAUAGUUGUUUAUUAUUAUUAUUAUUAUUAUUAUUAUUAUUAUUAUUAUCAUCCUUUUUUUUUAUUAAGUGCCUUCAAUCUGUUUAUUUCGUCACCGUUCCUGAUGCAGGUGUGUGAGGAAGCACACUGUUGGUGUUUAAAGGUUUAAAUUCUGUGACUAUAUAAAACCGAGAGGUAGAUCUGCAUCUCGUGUUCAGAUCAGACCGGUGUGUGAGAGAAAACGCUUUCAAACACUGCAGCAAUACAGUAAAAAGUAGUUCUGGUUUUGUGGUAUCCCUACGCCAUCGGAGAGCACUGAUACUGAACGUAGUUCCGUCUCUGACAUGUCGCUUUAUUUAUACACGACACCUUUAGCUGAAGACUUCAUCACCAUGUGAAGAUCAAAACGUUCAUCUGCCUCUUCCACUCGGAGUGGGAGGAAAAGGUCACAGUAGUGGGUUAACACCUGCGUUAACACCUGUGAGCCUCCUGUAGUGUUGAGGUGUGUAGAGUGGAACGAGUCCCGCGUGUGUAAACCUGCAUGUGUUAAUUCACUGUGUUCUUAUUCACACUUCCAUCAGUAUUUCCUUUAUUACCUUCACCACUGUGUGUCAGAAUAUUCCACUGUAAAUUAAUAAAUACUGAACUUUCA